CAGUUGCAAAAUGUGAAUUCAACCCUCCGAAGCAUCACGUCUAAUUUGGGCCAUUUGGGGAGUUUCGCAACGAAAGCCAGCAUCUGCCAACGCUUGCCACAUCCCGGCAUGUGCUAAGAGGUGGCGAAAAAUUGCCAGCUCCUCGUACAGACUGUAAGUGUGAAGGUUCGCCCGGUUCUGUGGGAGAAAUGCAGCGUGAAGGCCAAGAUUGAACAGCGGCGCACUCACGAGCAAGACCUGCUAUUUUGAAAACGUCGCGUUGCAGCGUGAUGCCUCCGGCUCGUGCACAAUGAAGAGGAGCUCUUGGAUUUCCUAGUUCUUCAAGGGGGAAGAUUCAGAGGAGACUACUGGCGCAUCCACUUAUUCAACAUGUCCGGGUCUACGCAGCCCGUGACCCCGAGCUGGAGGGCCGCGGAGCCACGCUACCCCACUCACGCCAUGUCCUACCCCGUUCAGAUUGCUCGGCCACACGCGGAUGUCGGGCUCUUGGAGUAUCAGCAUCAUUCCCGGGACUACACUUCCCACCUGUCACCUGGAUCUAUCAUGCAGCCCCAGCGGAGGAGGCCUUCCUUACUGUCCGAAUUCCAGCCAGGGAACGAAAGGUCUCAGGAAUUGCACCUGCGGACGGAGGCCCAUUCCUACCUCUCUGACCUGAGCAAGCAGUCAGAUAUAGAGUACAUUGAAACAAAAAGACCACGACUAGACUUGUUGCAAGACCCGCUGAUGCGGCACUCGCCUCUCGUCAACCAAAACCAACAAGGAGGGACAGAGGAUCUCUCAAAGGACCGGGGCCUGACUGGCAAGCUGGAACCCGUGUCUCCGGUCAGCCCUCCUCACCCCGACUCUGAGCUGGAUCUGUUGCCAUCCAGGCUGUCGAAGGAGGAGCUCAUCCAGAAUAUGGACCGAGUGGAUCGGGAGAUUACAAUGGUGGAACAGCAGAUCUCCAAGCUGAAGAAGAAGCAGCAACAGUUGGAGGAGGAAGCGGCCAAGCCGCCAGAGCCGGAGAAACCUAUCUCGCCCCCACCAAUCGAGUCCAAACACCGCAGCUUAGUGCAGAUCAUCUAUGACGAGAACAGGAAAAAAGCAGAAGCUGCCCACAGGAUACUGGAAGGACUGGGCCCUCAAGUGGAACUGCCAUUAUACAACCAGCCUUCAGACACCAGGCAGUACCAUGAAAACAUUAAAAUAAACCAGGCAAUGCGGAAGAAGUUAAUUUUGUACUUUAAGAGGAGAAAUCAUGCUCGUAAACAGUGGGAACAAAAGUUUUGCCAGCGCUACGACCAGCUGAUGGAAGCCUGGGAAAAGAAAGUGGAGCGCAUAGAGAACAACCCCCGGCGCCGCGCCAAGGAGAGCAAAGUGCGCGAGUACUAUGAGAAGCAGUUCCCGGAGAUCCGGAAGCAGCGGGAACUGCAAGAGCGCAUGCAGAGGUUAGAGGAUAAGCGCAGGGUAGGACAGAGGGGCAGCGGUCUCUCCAUGUCGGCUGCGCGCAGCGAACACGAGGUGUCGGAAAUUAUUGACGGGCUCUCGGAGCAAGAGAACCUGGAGAAGCAGAUGCGCCAGCUCGCCGUCAUCCCCCCCAUGCUGUACGAUGCCGACCAGCAGCGCAUUAAAUUCAUCAACAUGAACGGCCUCAUGGACGACCCCAUGAAGGUCUACAAAGACCGGCAAGUGAUGAACAUGUGGAGUGAGCAGGAGAAGGAAACCUUCCGGGAAAAGUUCAUGCAGCAUCCAAAGAAUUUUGGGCUGAUCGCUUCAUUUCUGGACAGGAAGACGGUGGCGGACUGCGUCCUCUAUUACUACCUGACAAAGAAGAAUGAAAACUACAAGAAUCUUGUGAGAAGAAAUUACCGGCGGCGGGGGAAAAACCAGCAGCAGCAGCAGCAGCAGAUGCCCCGCAGCAGCCAAGAAGAGAAGGAUGAAAAAGAGAAGGAAAAGGAGAAGGAGGCUGAGAAGGAGGAAGACAAGCAGGAGUCUGAAAACGACAAAGAAGAACUGACAAAGGAGAAGAAUGACGACACAUCUGGGGAGGAUAACGACGAAAAAGAAGCCGUUGCUUCCAAAGGACGCAAAACUGCCAACAGCCAGGGCCGGCGCAAAGGCCGCAUCACCCGCUCCAUGGCUAACGAGGCCAACAACGAGGAGGCGGCCACCCCACAGCAGAGCGCAGAGCUGGCUUCUUUGGAGAUGAAUGAAAGCUCUCGCUGGACAGAAGAAGAAAUGGAAACUGCUAAAAAAGGUCUCCUUGAACAUGGGCGGAAUUGGUCUGCCAUUGCCAGGAUGGUGGGCUCCAAGACCGUGUCGCAGUGCAAAAACUUCUACUUCAACUACAAGAAAAGACAGAACCUGGACGAGAUCCUACAGCAGCACAAACUAAAAAUGGAGAAAGAGCGCAACGCCAAGAGGAAGAAGAAAAAAGCCCCCGCCGCGCAAAAUGAAGAGGCGGCCUUCGCUCCUGCAGCAGAGGACGAGGAGAUGGAGGUAUCGGGGAUAAGCGGCAACGAAGAAGAGAUGGCCGAGGAGGCAGAAGCUGCAGUAAACAACAGCUCGGAUACCGAGAGCAUUCCCUCGCCAAGGCCCGAAGCCAAGGAGAGUGGUGAGAACGGGCCAAAGCCGGCACCCGGGCCCGGGAGCGACUCCAGCACGGAACCAGCCGUCAAGAUGGAGGAGGCUCCUGCCACCACCGCUGCCACUGCAGAUGCUGUUCCUGCGGCUGCCAGCACCCCUCAGCCCCUGGAAACAGUCGCUGAGCAGGCCAGUAAUGAGGAGAAGCCACAGGAGGAACUGGUGGUGGACGUGGUGAAAACAGAGGAGCCGGAGGAGAAGCCAAGUGAGGAGCCCUGCAAGAGCGAGAUCAAAAAGGAGGAGAGCGAGGACUGUCAGGAGAAAGACAAGGGGGACGACAAGAAACCAGAGGGUGGCAGCAGCAAUGGGGGCACGGCAGGAGCAGAGGGGACCCCCAAGGCCGAGAAGAAGGAGAGCCACAAAACGGGCAAAGCCUCCGGGAUCAAUCCGGACAGCGACUCGAGUGCCACCUGCAGCGCAGACGAGAUGGACGAGCAGGAUACCGUGGACAAGAACAGGCUGCUGUCUCCAAGGCCCAGCCUCCUCAACACUGCCAACGACGCGCGGCUGAACUCUUCGCCUCAGAAGCCGUUGGACCUGAAGCAGCUGAAGCAGAGAGCUGCUGCCAUCCCCCCCAUCAUUUCGGAGGGUUUCCCGGAAGGGGUGUUGCAGAGUGGAAGCCUGAAGUCUCAGGUGCCUCCCCACGCUUUGGCCCUGUACCAGCAGCAGAUCACGAAAGCUCACGAGUCCUCCCGGGAGGAAGUGGCCCAGAGCAAGCCGCCCCAGCCACUGCCACCACAGCAGCAAGCUGAGAAGGAGCCACUGCAGCCCGGCAGUAGCCCCAGAGGGAAGAGCAGGAGUCCUGCUGUUGGUGACAAAGAAGAGAAGCCAGCCCACUUCUCCAUCGCAGAGGGACAGAAGCUGGGUGGGGAGCAGCCUGUAACCUCCUGCUGGCCCCCUGUGCUGUCCUUCCAGAUGCCCUCCAGGGAAGUAAUCAAAACUUCCCCCCAAGCUGAGCCACACCUGUUCCAGUACAACCCUCCAGGGUCCUUCACGCCUUAUAUUUUGUGCGCAGGGCACCCGAUCCCAUUAAACUUACAUGAGAGCUCUCGGCCCGGACUGCAAAGGCUGCCUGCUAUCUCCAACCCUCCCCCUCUCAUCUCAUCCACUAAACACUCCUCAGUGUUGGAGAGGUCCAUUGGCUCCAUUUCCCAGGGGGUGCCCAUUCAGCUCCAUCCUCCGUACAGCUCUGAGCAUGCAAAGGUUCCCAUUGGCUCCAUCACCAUGGGCCUGCCCUUGAUGGAUCCGAAGAAGCUGGUGCCUUUCCCUGGAGUCAAGCAGGAGCAGCUGUCUCCUAGAAGCCAGGCCAACCAGCCUGAGAACCUGGUAAUGCAGACGUCCCAGGAGAGCUCCAUCCUGAGGGGGGCAGCACUGGGCUCAGCCUCUGGAGGGAGCAUCACGAAGGGAAUCCCCACCUCCAGGCCUCCUCCAGAAUCGCCCAUCACAUAUCGAGGCUCCAUCACCCACGGCACCCCAGCUGAAGUGCUGUACAAAGGAACCAUUACCAGAAUAAUCGGAGAAGACAGCCCCAGCAGAGCGGAGAAAGUGAGAGAGGAUGCCUUGCCCAAAGGACAUGUCAUUUAUGAGGGGAAGAAAGGCCACGUGCUGUCUUAUGAUGGUGGCGUCGCUGCUUCCCAGUGCCCCAAGGAGGACGGCCGGAGUUCUGGUGGCUCCCACGAGACCACGGGUACCAAACGGACCUACGAUAUGAUGGAGGGGAGGAUCGGCCGGGGCUUAUCGGCCCGCGACAUGUCAUCUGCAAGCAUCGAAGGUCUUAUGGGCAGAGCCAUCCCCCCAGACAGUCCCCACAACUUAAAGGAACAGCAUCAUAUCCGGGGCUCAAUCACACAAGGAAUACCUCGAUCCUAUGUGGAGGCCCAUGAGGACUACCUCAGAAGAGAAGCCAAGCAGCUCAAGAGAGAAAACACUCCGCCAAGGGACUUAUCGGACCCCUACAAGGGGCGGCCUCACGAGGGCCUCACGCCCUUGAAAAUGAAAUCAGCCCACGAGGGGCUGGUGGCCACAGUGAAAGAAGCAGGAAGGUCAAUCCAUGAGAUCCCCAGGGAGGAAUUAAGGCGCACGCCUGAUAUCCCCAUAGCCACGAGGCCUCUGAAGGAAGGCUCCAUUACACAGGGUACCCCACUGAAGUACGACAACAAUCCUUCAUCAGUAAGUGCCAAAAAGCAUGACGUCCGCUCCAUUAUCGGUAGCCCAGGGAGGACUUUUCAUUCUGUGCACUCACUGGACGUCAUGCAGGACCCACGCAAUCUAGAGAGGGCUUGUUACGAGGAGAGCGUGAAAAGCCGGCCCAGUUCGGUGACAAACUCUGGAGGUUCAAUUACCCGGGGAGCCCCGGUGAUUGUGCCUGAGCCUGGAAAGCCUCGCCAUAGCCCUCUCGCCUAUGAGGACCACCAGUCAGCCCACGGGACAGCGUUCAGUAGUCACCUGCACAGAGGUUCUCCAGUAUCCACAAGGGAAUCCACCCCAAGGCAGCAUGAAGGGAGUAUCACUUCUGGGAAGCCAGUGUCCCAGGACAGAAAGAUCACCCCCACGCCAAGAGAAAUGUCCAGCUCCAAGUCCCCUCACGCCACCGUCUCGGACCACCACCACCCCAUGUCGCCGUACGAACACUUGCUGCGGGGAGUGAGCGGCGUCGACCUGUACCGGGGACACAUCCCGUUGGCCUUCGACCCUGCCGCGAUCCCCAGGGGAAUCCAACUGGAAGCAGCUGCUGCUUACUACUUGCCCAGGCAUCUUGCUCCGAGCCCAACAUACUCCCACCUCUACCCUCCAUACCUCAUCCGAGGGUACCCAGACACAGCCGCCAUGGAGAACAGGCAGACCAUCAUCAAUGACUACAUUACCUCCCAGCAGAUGCACCACAACGCUGCCGCCGCCUCAGCCAUGGUGCAGCGGGCAGACAUGCUGCGCGGACUCUCCCCUCGCGAGCCUUCUCUGGCUCUCAACUAUGCAGCAGGUCCUCGAAGAAUAAUCGACCUGUCUCAAGUGCCACACCUGCCUGUCCUCGUACCACCCACACCUGGCACCUCUGCCCCCCCCAUGGACCGAAUCACCUACAUGCACAGCACCCCACAAGCUUUCAGCAACCGACACAGCAGCUCCCCGCUCUCCCCAGGAGGCCCCACCCACCUGGCCAAGCAGACGGGAGUGUCAGCUUCCGAGCGGGAGCGGGAUCGAGAGCGGGAGCGGGAACGCGAGAGGGAGCGGGAGAAAUCCAUGCUCACAGCCACCACAGUGGAGCACGCCCCCAUCUGGAGGCCAGGUACUGAGCAGAGCAGCAGCCGUUCAUCCGCGCACUCUCACAGCCACCAGCACUCUCCCGUCUCGCCCCGCACCCACGACACUGUCCAGCAGCGCCCCAGCGUGCUCCACAACACAGGCAUGAAGAUCCUGUCCUCGGACAGCCCCACCCCCUCGGUCCUGCGAUCCUCCUCCACCACUACCACGUCACCAAUACGCUCUGCAGGCUUCCCCCCAGCAUCUGCCUUGCGCUCGCCCAUGGACGGCUACGCAGCCAUGAUGGACCCAUCCACCUUGCAAAAAGAGUCGUCAAGGGCCCGAGAAGCCAAGGUAGAACGCCCUCAGACUGACAACAACUUAUACACCUCAAAACUGCCCAGUGGGACGCACCUAGAACAGUCAUCUUCACCUAUUAAAGCCACGGAGUCUAGGCCCUUACCAGUCUCUGGGCCAGGUUCUUCUCAGCCGUAUAGCAGAGGACAGGGGAAAAACCAGCAGCACCAUCCACCCCUGGAACAGCAGCAUGCAGCUUCGGUCAAUGAGCAGCACAGUAGAGAAAAGAGUCAAAGUAAACCCUUUUCAAUGCAGGAACAGGAGCUCCGAGCACUCGGUAAGACCACCAUGACAGCGGCCAACUUCAUAGAUGUGAUUAUCAUGCGUCAAAUUUCUUGCGAUAAGGGGAAGCGAGAAAGAGGCUCGCUAAAUAACGACUCCACUAGUGAUGGCUUCCACGGAGGCUACAGCCCCGAUGGCAUUGAAGCAGUGAGCCCCGUGAGCUCACCCAGCAUCUCCCACGAGAAAGGGGCAAAGUUGCUGCAGGACGUGGAGAAAGGGCACGGAGAGCACGACAUGAGGCAGAAGCAGCAAGCUGCUCUGAAGCCCUCGAUGACUGAAGGAGCUCACAUGCAGCACCUGCGCCAGCUGCCCGAAGGUCAGCCAUCCCAGGGGCAGCCGCCACCCUCGGCCCAGAACCUCAAGGGGCAUCAGCGGGUCGUCACCCUGGCUCAGCACAUCAAUGAGGUUAUCACCCAAGACUACACGCGCCAUCACCCUCAGCAGAUCAGCCCCCACAUCCAGCCCCCUGUCUACUCCUUCCCUGGAGCCACAUGCCCCGUGCUGGACCUGCGUCGCACCCCCAGUGAGGCCUAUCUCCCGCUGCCCCAAGAGCACACGCCAGCCUCCAAAAUCACCCUGCAGAAUGAAGGGGGCAAAAGGUCUCCCGAGCAGAGCAAAGCAUCUGCAGUGGGGGCACCAGACAACGGCAUCGAGCCUGUGUCGCCACCAGACGGCAUGGGAGAGCCAGAGCACAUGAAGAGUGCUUCAUACCCGCUCUUGUACCGGGAAGGAGAGCCAAUGGAGCAAAGAAUGGGCUCCAAAUCCCCAGGAAACAACACCCAGCCCCCUGCCUUCUUCAGCAAACUGACCGAGAGCAACUCUGCCAUGGUGAAGUCCAAAAAGCAGGAGAUCAUCAAGAAGCUCAGCACGACCAACAAGAGUGAGACGGAGUACAAUGUUGGGCAGCCCGGGACAGAGAUUUUCAACAUGCCAGCGAUUACCGGAACAGCGGAGAGGAGCCAGUGGGACUGGGCUUCCCAAAAGGAUCGUCUCUCCAGGGAUUGUCCAGGCUUCAGUUGCAGCCCUGUUGGACCUCUUUCCAUAAAGGCUUGCCUCUUUCCAGCUCAGAUAUGUGUCUCUACAAAUACCAUGAUGCCUACUUCCCCAGGGCUAAUCAGUUGUAGAAGCCAGUCGGUUCAAGAAAAUUCCAGUACCAACAUGGGGUUGGAGGCAAUAAUUAGGAAGGCCCUAAUGGGUAAAUAUGACGAACAGUGGGAAGAGCGCUCGCCUCUCAGUGCCAAUGCCAAUGCUUUUAACUCUCUGAAUGCCAGUGCAAGCGCACCUGCUGCUAUGCCCAUAACUGCUGCUGACGGACGGAAUGAGGACAUGCGCUCUAUGCCAGGAGGAGGAGGGAAGCCAAAGAUGGCUGCCAGACCGAACAGCCGCAAGGCCAAGUCUCCAGCGCCGGGCCUGUCCUCCGGAGAGAGGCCGCCGUCUGUUUCUUCCGUUCAUUCUGAGGGGGACUGUAACAGGAGGACACCUCUAACCAAUCGGGUCUGGGAGGACAGGCCUUCAUCCACAGGUUCAACGCCAUUUCCAUACAACCCACUAACAAUGAGGCUUCCAACUGGCGUGGUGACAGCCACGCCGCCAACAUCCAUUCCACAAGGGAACCCCAACAGCCAGCACCACACCUGGGAGGAAGAGCCCAAGCCCCUGCUCUGCUCACAGUACGAGACACUUUCAGACAGUGAAUGAAAGAGAGCGGAGGGAUAACAGCCAACCAACCAACCAACCACGUGGGUAAGCAAGCUGGCCAGGGUGAACUCUGACCAUAUCAGUCCUGGGAGCCAUCCGCACUGACCCUGCAAGCCAAGAAGCGGGAGCAGCGCUUUGUCCAGUCACUCAAUUUUAUUUUAUUUGUUCUCACGCCUGGAAAUUUCUGAAUCAUCUUCAGUCUAAAGCCUUAAUAAGACAGACAGAUGGACCCCAGCCUCGUUCUCUUUCCAGUACCAGUGUCGUCAUGAAAUGGUCCAUGAGCAUGAGACACAGUCCACAAACAGCUGAUUGGGAUGAUGGUGGCAGGGGAGGGAGUGGGACGGCUGCACCCUGCCCUAGAGCAGCUCUGUAGGAUACAAUCGAUCACUGAAUUCUCAGUGGUUUACUCAGGGGAUACCACCCAGUGCUCCAGUUGUGUUCUUUCGCUUUGAUGAGAACAAGGAAAGCCCCGUUGUUCUUGGGAGCACAGUACGUGUGCUUGGGCAUGUGUGCACGCACGCAUAUACCAUAUGCGUGUGUGUACACCCAUGGAGUGUAUACUCUGCCUGCACACUCGUGCUGCCUGCUAUCGAGUACUUGAAGUAGGAUCCGACUCCCCUUCCCCAACCUCCAAGCCAUUCCAAGGGUUUCCCAGCACACAAGCUGUGCCACUGAAAUACACAAUCUUUUGUGGCAGGGUGGAGGGAAAUGAAAUUUAAAAAAAUUUCCUACUUCUCUUGCUGAUUUGGAUGGUCUUCAUGCACCUUCGGCAUGAGGUUUACUUGCCCAGCAGCACUUUCGACUCAUCGGGCACCGGAAAGUUGUAAACGAAUGCACGGUGCUGGACGGGGAUGGGGAGAGUGAGUCGAGGAUCCAUUUAAAAAUUCCUUUGGAGAACGAAAUCUUGGGUUCGGAUUGUAAUGGAAAGAGAUUUCCCAUGUCAUGAUGCGCUCUCUGCAGAAGGGACUUGUUGCUUUAAGUGCAUUGUUUUCUGAAUGGCAAGAAAAGGCAAUUGUAAAUGAUGUAUUGGUCUACAGGGUAUAUUUUUGAUACCUUCAGUGAAUUAUGUCGAGAUGUUUUACGAAAGGACUUGAAACAGUAUUACGUGCUGUAAAAGAGGUUCUGUUAUUACGUGCAGGCUUUGAUGAGUUUGUCCAUUGUAUGGAAAUGUAAAAUGGUAACAUUGAUCCGUCAAAGUCAUCCAUAAGUCAGUAGAAUGUAUUAACUUAGUUUUAAAAAGAUAUUGCCACAACUGUAGGGACUCCUCAUUAUUACACAUGCUGUUCCUAAUGCAAGAGGGAUCUUAUUCUAGUCACAGAGGUUUAUUCUCCAGCUUGGAGAUCUCAAGAGAGCCUUUCAGGAGAUCCCGGCAGUAGGGGAGGUUGAGGGUGGGCCUGAAGUCGGGAGGGAACUCACAAGAAACUUAAAGAUGGUUUUUAUUGUAUUUUUCUGAUACACAUGAGUGCUCUACGUUAUUUUUCAUUCCAUGAUGUUGGAUCAUAUCUGCAGUUACAUGGUUAAAGAACAAAAAUAUUAGACUUUUUUCAUUCACUUCUGCUCUCUUGCUCUGGGGGGAAAAAAGGCACAAAAAAAAUGUAUUAAAUGCUUUGCGUUCUAUAUGCUAAAGGAAAAAAGACCAGGACACAGACUUUCUGCCUCUUCCGUUGCCUGCUGAAACAAACACCUGCAGUGUUACAAAAUCGUUCUCAUUUGAUAAGAGCUUGUCAAAGAAAGAGGAUCAUAUCGUCAAACUAUCAAUGGUUAUUUUUUUCCCCUACAGUGUUCCAAGGACGAAUCUGAUUUCAAAGCAACAGAAAGAUAAGAUGGCGUUUGUUGUUUGGGUUUGGUUAUAUUUUUCUUGUCUGUUUUCUACAAUGUACAGGUGUUUUUUUUAAUGUUCA